AUGCGCGUGAUUCACGUUGUGCUCCUUGUACUUGCUAGUUGCAGCACAAUUGCAACGGUUGAGGGAACUGGCGAGAUUAAAAGCCUGACGACGAGCACUCACUCCACAAAUGGAGACCGCCGCUUCCUCAAAGGAAGCAAAGGAGCCACCGAGUCAUUUCGGACGGAUGAAGAGAGAGCUUUCACGCCUUCCAAGAUUGGCCAGCAUCCCAAGCGCACAAAGUUCUCAGACUUUCCUGGGAUCAAGCAGCUCAGCAAGGUUGGUAACUAUCUCCGCGAAAAGGGACGAAAAUUCGAAAAGUUUAUACUGAGUCAGCACCACCAGGCGACAUACAAACAUUUCUAA